AUGGACAAUCCCAACCAAAAGACCGGUGCUGAAACCCAUACGGAUGAGCAAAAGCGACACUUUUAUGACAACCUCACUGAAGACCAGAAGAAGAAGCAGACUUUUAGCGAAUGGGUUAAAGAGGCAUACAAUGACCAAUAUGAAAAGUGGAUGCCGUGGCUCGAGGAGCAGUACCUGAAAUGGUUCGGCAAGGGCGACAACAAGGCUUCAUACGUCACGAAAGAUACCCUCUCCAAGUCCAAAGUCACCGGCAUCAAACAGGUCGACCAGGUGCAAGACGACGUCAACAAUCUGGUCGGCAACCAGCUCGGCGAGAACGGAUUCCUUGCCCCUGUCGGUAACAUGAUCUCCAAAGAAGGGAUCAAUCGCGCCGAGAGAAACGGUAAAGACGAGAAUGGCUCAUAUGGCGGUCCGCUCGGCGGCGUCACAGACCCCGUGGUGGACCGGGCCAAGGGUGCUGGUCAGAGUGUCACUUCUGGGGCACAGACGGUGGGAAAUUCCAUUUCUGGAGGAUUUCAGAGUGCUGGAAACUGGUUUACAGGCUCGUCCAGCAAAGAACAGCGGUCGUGA